AUGCUGAGUCCUGCAAUUCCUGGUGAAUCAACAGUUCAAUUACCUGCAAUUUCAUUAUCUGGAAACAAUGCAAAUAGAACACUUUGGGUUGGAGAUGUUCCACAUGAUUGGUCUGAAGAGGAUCUAUCAAAAGUGUUCGCUGAAUGCUCGCAUCCAACAUAUAAAACAAAACGUGUUUUUAUAAAAGGAGAAUUACAAGGAUAUUGUUUUGUCGAAUUCAGAAAUACAGAUGAAGCUAGAAAUACAAUGUAUGAUUUGAAUGGAAAUCGAGUUCCAGGUACAAAAGGAAAAGUUCGAUUCAAUUUGUGUUUUGCAAAUGAUACUUAUAAUCCGUGAGUUUACAUAUAUUUAAAAUUAAUCCUUUUGCAAACAAAUAUUUUUUUACAGUAAUUCUGAAUUCAAUAUUCAUGUUGCUGGAAUUCCAGUCGAUUAUUCAGAUGCUGAAUUUUAUCGAAUUUUUGAUAAAUAUUAUUCAUGUCGCGGUGCAAAAAUGUUCAGAUUCGCUGACGGAAAAUCGAAAGGAAGUGGCUAUGUUCGUUUCGGUGAUCAAACAGAUCAACAAAUGGCAUUAGUUGAAAUGGACCGGAAAAAAGUUGAUCAUCAACGAAUUUCAAUAAAACUCGCCGGACCUCGUGGUGAGAAAAUCGAUCGUUUUGAAAAACGCGAUUCGUAUAGAAACGGUGGAAGAGAUAAUGGAAAUGGUCAAAGGAAAAGUGCACCGUAUAGCAGAGGAUCUUAUAAUAAUCAACAGGUUUUUGACGCUUUUGGAAUGCCAAUUGUGAGUUUUUUAUUGUUUGAAAUCGGGGGUGAAAAACAUUGUUUUUUGCAGCAACAAAAAGAGCAAGUGCAAGAUUUAUACAACACUGAUUAUCCAUGGAAAAUUCUACCAGAUGAAAAUGAUUUGGAUCCAAUUAUUGGAUUAGAUCUUUUACGUAUGUUUUGAUAAUUCUAGAAGGGUACCCUGGGAUCGAAAAUUCAACUCACUUUCAUUUUUUUUUGGUUCGGACGGAUGUAGAAUCGCAAAAUGAUCAAAAUAUUAAUUUUGAAUGAAAAAUUGAAAAGAUCAGACGUGACCCUGGUUUUUAAAAAAAUUUUCUAUUUCUGAAACAGGCGGCAUUAUUUGUAGAAUACUUAUAAACCAAAAAUAUUUUUCCUCUUGCUCCGAAAAAUUGGCAUUUUUCAGCUGCAAAAUAUCGUCCCCAAGUCACAAAUAAACGAUAUAUGGUAGAUCCAGAACAAUUCAUGUUCGAUAUGGAAUCGAGUCGAUGGAGUACUGUAUGCUUCAAUAUAAAUAUCAAACAAGAAGAACUCGAAAAACAAUUAUCUGCCAAUCAAUGGACACUUCCUGCUUGA